AUGGAUCGGCGGAGAUCUUACGAGAGGCAGCAGAGUUCAACGCCGACGACGCCGACGUCACCGUCGUCGGGUACGCCGCAGAACCUCCACGCACGCGCUGGUUCCACGGGCUCCGUCAUGGCGAACCCCCGGAGAGUGCAGAACAUCGCCGCCACCAAAGCGGCCGCUCAGAGAUUGGCACAGGUGAUGUCGCAUUCAACGGUAGACGUCGACGACGAAGACGAAGAGGAAGUUUCUCUCGACUAUUCCACGCUCAGUGUCGGCAUUGGCCUCGGAGCUGCAAGACCUGCUCGACCUCACUCUCCAAUGAGAGUUCCAGCUAUUCCAGAGCAACCUUCAUCCUCAAGAUCGCGUUCACCAUUGCUAGUUCGGCCAGCUCAAGAACAGACUCCAUCUGCAAGACCACAGUCACCGGCGUCAGUUCGUACCGUUCAAGAACGACCGCAAUCUUUGAGAAGCAUAUCGAGUGGUAGAACGCUGGUAACUUCUGCAAAUAAUGCUGUUGCUGCUGUUGACCAGCAACCGGUGCGACCAUCGACGUCGCUGAAUAGUGUGGCGGCAGAGCAGCCAACUUCUGCUCGUUCAAUGAUGUCGAACAGAGGACCGGAUCAGUCGCCUACUGCUCGGUCUAUGAUGAUUAAUCGGACACCUCAGCCGCCACUUCCCAGUAGCACCACUGGCGAUCAGCCUCCGUCUGCUCGUGCAUCGGCGAUCCGUCCAACUCCGGUCAAUAAGGUGGUUAUGGUGCCGUCUAGUGUACCCAUCACACUCAGGCGUGAUUCUUUUGCAAAUAUUCCUCCCUUGGAUACAACUACCUUAGAUUUUAAGAAAGACAGAAGAAUGUCAUUCGAUUUGGGGAGCAUGAAAGUAAGAUCAGAACCUACCAAUCAGCGUCCUCCUACGGAGCUUGAGGAUGAGCUUGAUAUACUACAAGAAGAAAACGAGAGUUUGCAUGAAAAGCUUCGGCUUACAGAGGAGAAGUGGGAGGAAGCUGAAUCCAGGAUUAGGCAACUAGAGCAACAGCUUGCUUUUGCUAAUCUUGCAGAAGGUACAACUUUGGAGGCUCGCCUUUUAAACAGGCAAGAAGCAGCAAUGCAGCAAAGAGAGGCUGCUCUGAGAAUUGCUUCUAAGGGUCGUGGAAGUUUGGAAGCUGCAGCGCAGAGGGCAGAUGCUGAGGUUGAAAACGAGGAGGUGGUGGCUGCAUUGGAGAAGCUCCGGCUUGUGACUCAACGAAUGAUACUUACGGCAGAAGAAAUGGAAGAGGUUACUUUAAAGAGGUGUUGGCUGGCACGAUAUUGGGGUUUAUGCGUUCACUAUGGUAUUCACGCUGAUAUUGCUGAAGCAAAAUACAACUAUUGGUCUAUCUUCGCACCUAAUCCUUUUGAAGUUGUAUUAGCUGCGGGAAAGAAAGCGAAACUACCAGGAGGAGAUGAGGAGGAAAAUAAACGCGACUUGAAGGACCUUACAGGGGAGGGAAAUAUUGAGAGCAUGCUUUUUGUUGAGCAAGGGUUACGGGAAUUAGCUUCACUAAAGGUUGAAGAAGCAUUGGCAGUUGCAAUGGCUCAACAUAGGCGACAUACGUCUGACUCCUUUUUUUAUGCAGACGAUUUGAAACUGCCAAUUGAAGGGCAAUGUGACGCAUUUGAAUUGACCCAGGAAGAGGCCGAAGAUGUGUCUUUUAAGCAGGCCUGGCUUACAUAUAUUUGGAGGAGAGCAAAAACGCAUGAAAUUGAAGCAGACAUAGCAGACGAUCGUUUGCAUUUCUGGAUCAACCAUACUUCUAAGACACCUAGCUCACAAGAUGCGGUUGACGUUGAGCGUGGACUUGCUGAGAUCAAGAAGUUGGGUAUUGAAAUUCAGCUGUGGGAUGAAUCACGCAGAGAGUUGCUGGAAGAGCUAGAAGAUGAGAAUACCAAAACACCCAGUCGUGCUGACUUUUGA